UCGAGCCAGGACAGUGUAGUUCUGAACGCAGUGCUAGCAGCAUCUGAAAAAAGUGUCAAAAACAGUGUUCAUCCCCAAUCGGUGUUUUAAAAACUCUGUGAUAGUGAUAAGUUUAAGAUGGAGGAUCCCAAAACGGACAUCAAACAUAAGAUAUCCUUUAGUGUAGAGUCUUUGUUAUCGAAUAAGGCCCCUAUUCACGACAGCCACCAUUUAGAAGACAAAUACGAGGAUGAUAUAGACGAUAGCAGGCUGGAAACUUCUAGUGAUAGAUUAGAUGAAGACGACGAUGAGAAUAUUACUGUAGAUGACGACGAUACCGAUGGGAGGGAAAGUUUGAGCCCUAACUCGUCGCAUACAGUGCUUAUUCCACAACCUUUGCACCCUUCAUUACCUAGAAUGUUACCCAACCAUCCCCAGUGGCCCUUUCAGUGGAUAGGACCCAACGGAUUCAGGUCAAACUCUCCACAAGCUAACCUCCAAAACCUCUCCACCAAUGGCGGACCCCCAAUCGUGCGAUGCGCCCUCAGGAAACACAAACCCAACAGAAAACCCCGAACGCCGUUCACCACGCAGCAACUGUUAGCCUUAGAAAAGAAAUUUAGAGAUAAGCAGUACCUUAGUAUAGCGGAAAGAGCCGAGUUUUCGAGUUCAUUGAGGCUCACAGAAACACAAGUAAAAAUUUGGUUCCAAAAUCGGAGAGCAAAAGCGAAACGACUCCAAGAAGCAGAGCUGGAAAAACUCAGGCUCUCCGCUCGACCUCUCCUGCCCCCCAGUUUCGGUCUUUUCCAUGGAGGAGGCCCCCUAGUAUCACCCUUCUUGGCAGCUAUGGCGCAUCGACCACCUAGUUUCGCCUUUUCGGCUCCCAUGUUGAACAUACCCCAGUGACCAAAGAGUAGUAGUUAAGGUUCUGUAGGCGUAGAGCAAGAUUCUUUGCAAACAUACGUAAUUUUACUUUAAAAAAUCACAUGUAAUCAGUUCUGGUCAUUUUGGUGGCUUUAUUACAAUCUUUCAAAAGUUGAUCUAUUUUGUUAGCCUUCCGAUUACGAUGAAAGUAGGUUCCAUGGCAUCUCGUAACGCGACAAUUCGUAACGUCAACUGACAUUUUUUUGCAAAUUUAGUAUUACUGAAUGUAUACAAAAUCGCAUUUUGCAUACAUUCUUAUACUAAAAGUACCUACUCGUUCUUUUAUCAAGACCACUUUAAAUAUAUAUAUUUCACAUAUUUGUGUAUUAUGUUCUUGUUAAUAUGACAACUAAAGAUUUUUUUAUCUUGAAUUAUCACUUUAAAGUACAUAGAAAAGUAAAACUAAAUGUGAAAAAUAUCGAAAUAAAUAAAAACACUUUAAUAAUAAUGUAUUUACUAUAUGUAUAAUGUUUAAUACAAUUUAUAUUACUAUAUUAUAUUUAUGUUAAGACAAUUUUAAAAAUAUGUUUCUCUACGAAAUAUGAAAUAUGUUAAACAUGUUUAUGUUUAUUUGAUGCUGGUUCGUUAAAUUGAUAAACAAUUAAUUUCAAUUACAUAUAACUGUAAAAAAAGUUAGUUUCCACGUUAACAAAAAUAAAUAGAAAAAUUCAAUUCUGACCUUACGAAUUGUACCGUUACGGAUUUGCUAGUUACGAAUUUUGCCGUUACGAAUUGGUGGCGUUACAGAGUGACCGUCACGAUGAAAGUAGUAUGUUUGUUAAGAAUAGAUCCUCUUGGAAUUUUUCCUGUAAAUUAUGUGCAAAAAGACAAAAUGAUUCUAGUUUUCGUUUAAUUAUAUUACUCUACUUAUCGUAAAACAGUGAUAUUUUGCCUGGCGCGUUAUAUUUUGUCUUUCUGUUUAGUGCAAUGCUCUAUACGCGCCAUAAGGGCAGUUUCCAAUGUUUCCAUGGUUUUUGUAUCUACUUGUAUAAGACUGAUUAGGAGGUUUUUCUUUAAUGUAUAUUUGUAAUUAUGGUUUACUUGUACAAAUGUUUAUUUAAUUUUGUUGUAUAUUGUUGUACAUAGUGAAGAUAUGAUAUUAAAUGUUUGUUUUUAUAGA